CGGCGGCGCAUGCGCGGGCGGCCCGUGCGGUCCCGGCCCGGUCCCGGCGAGCCCGGCGCGGUGCGGAGGGAACGGAGCGGCGGCCGGAGCGGCCGCGGCCCGAGCGCGAGCGCGCCAGCCCCGUCCCGGCGAGGGCUGCGGCGUGGGACGCCGGUGCCUGCCGCCGCCUCCCCGGCAGCGUCGGCACGAGGAGCCGGGCUGGACGACCUCUCCGCGCCCCGGCAGCGCCGGCGGGACGGGGCAGAGACACGCGCCCGAGUGUUUUGUUCGCCGUUGGGCCUUGAUUAGCAGCUCGGCGGCCGGACAAUUAAAAUGCAGCGCUGGGGCAUGGCCGUCAAUGUGUACUCGACGUCGGUGACCAGCGAGAACCUGAGCCGCCAUGACAUGCUCGCCUGGGUCAACGACUCCCUCCAGCUCAACUACACCAAGAUCGAGCAGCUCUGCUCAGGGGCUGCCUACUGCCAGUUCAUGGACAUGCUGUUCCCCGGCUGCGUCCACCUGCGGAAGGUGAAGUUCCAGGCCAAGCUGGAGCACGAGUACAUCCACAACUUCAAGGUGCUGCAGGCCGCCUUCAAGAAGAUGGGAGUGGACAAAAUCAUCGCGGUGGAGAGGCUGGUGAAGGGCAAGUUCCAGGACAAUUUCGAGUUCAUCCAGUGGUUUAAGAAGUUCUUCGACGCCAACUACGACGGGAAGGAGUACAACCCGCUGCUGGCGCGGCAGGGCCAGGACGUCGCGCCCCCCCCAAACCCAGGUGAUCACAUCUUCAACAAACCCAAGAAACCCAUUGGCACUGCAGUCCCCCAGAGGACCUCUCCCACCGGCCCCAAGAGCACGCCCAACCCGGCCCGCCUCAGCAACGUCCCCAGCAGCAUCCUCCGGAAAAACUCCCCCGCGGCCCGUAACGGGGGCACCGAGGCCGACGCGCAGAUCCUGGAGCUCAACCAGCAGCUGAUGGACCUGAAGCUGACAGUGGACGGACUGGAGAAGGAGCGGGAUUUCUACUUCAGCAAACUGCGGGACAUCGAGCUGAUCUGCCAGGAGCACGAGAACGAGAACAGCCCCAUCAUCACCGGCAUCAUCAGCGUCCUCUAUGCCACGGAGGAGGGCUUCGCCCCACCGGAGGAUGACGAGCUGGAGGAGCAGCAGCCAGAGGACCAGGACGAGUACUAGCCCCGGCACGCUCCCAUGCCCCGCGACGCCCCGCGCCGUUCCCCCACCAUAGACAUUUGAGGUCUGAGCCUGUGCGCCUCGCCCUGCACUGUCACACGCCAUCACGGUCUCCGGCAGCCGAGCCCACGGCCUCGGCGUCCAGCAGCUCCGGUGGGAAUCCACUGUCUCCAUAAUAAAUAGAUGUCCAUCCAGCGAGGAGCACGGCUGUACCUAUGGCGGGGACUGGGGGGUGGGGACGGGCUCUGGCCGCCGUGCCCGGGGCCUGGCCCUCGCCACCCCCACCCCGUAUUUAUUUCCGUUGUCCCCUCCGGUGUGAGUGCCGCAGCCGCCCCGGUGUCCCCGCCUGCCCCGCUGUGUGAGAGUGAAAGACCGAAUCCUCGGGGUGUUUUCCUGGGGUGGAGCGUGCUCGUGUGCUGCCUGCGCUGCCUGCAUCCUGCCAUCCCCGGUGCCCGGGGAUGGGGGCUGGGACUGCUGCAUGGGGGUCGGUGCCUGCUCGGCAGCCUGCGGGCAGCGGGGAGGACGUGGCUCGGAGGAGGGAGGUGUUGCUUCAGGUUCCUGGGAAGGUGAAAAACCCUGGCCGGGCUGAGGACGUGGCCGCGGCCGCCUGCCUGCGCGGGCAGGUGCAGGCAGCGGGGGCACCUGGUCACCACAGGCCAGGACAGAGGAUCCCGGAGUGGGAGCGCAUUCCCUCUGAGGCAUGGGGACAGUGGUGCCCCUCUCCCCGCCACGGGGCCCCAUUGCCCUCGCCCACAGCCACCGAGGACCACCCCCUAUAGCUGGACUGGCUGGGUCUCCCACCCUGUGGGGUGCCGGGGUGGGUUUGCCAAGAGUGGCACGCGGCGCCUGCCCUGGCCGUCGUUCUCCCUGUUGCAUCGCUUGUCUGGUCCGUCACUCCGGUUGCAAAGCCUGCAUCUGUGUUAAGUUUUAUUUAAAAUAAACUCGUGUGGUAAAA